AUGUGUAUAAGAGACAGGUACGAAGCCGUGAAGAAGCACCUGGGAGCCGUGGGUGCUCUCUCCAAGCAGUAUUGGCGGUACCUGGCAUGCAAGGUGUGGCAGGAGCACUGCGAUGAGGAGGAGGAAGAACAGUCCAGCCCCAGUCCAGGCUGGAGCUUGCCUCUGGUGGGCCAGGAUUACCUGGAGAUCCUCUCUGCAUGGUACUGCAGCUUCGGCAAGUGCUGCAAGACAGGAGACUGCAGGAUCAUCAACGAUCUCACGGGGCUAGAAGCAGACCUCAAUGAGCAGCUUCAUGGGCAGCACUUGGCCAAAGAAGUCGUUGUCCAAGCAGUGCAAAGAUUCCUGCAGAGCCCACGGCCAGAGAAGGCUCUGGUCCUCUCCUUCCAUGGCUGGUCUGGCACAGGCAAGAACUUUGUGGCUCGGAUGGUGGCCAGUCACCUGUACCGGGACGGGCUGAAGAGCGAGUGUGUCAGGGUGUUCAUCUCACUCCUCCACUUCCCCCAUCACAAGUACGUGGACUUGUACAAGGCUCAGCUGAAGAAGCAGAUAAGCGAGACUGUGCAGCUCUGCAGGCAGUCCCUAUUCAUCUUCGAUGAGGCAGAGAAGCUUCAUUUCGGCCUCCUGGAUGCCAUCAAGCCCUUCAUGGCUCGCUAUGACAGCAAGGGCCAGGUGGAUUACCAGAGAUCCAUCUUCCUCUUCCUCAGCAGUCUCGGUGGCAACACCAUCAAUGAGGUAGCCCUGAACUUCUGGCGAGCUGGCCGGGCACGGGAGGAAAUCUCCAUGGAGUUCCUGGAGCGGCGGCUGCAGCUGAAGCUGCAGGAGCCUGAAGAGAACAAUUACGCCUGCAGCCUCCUCCUUGGAGAGAACCUCAUUGAUUUCUUCGUGCCGUUCCUGCCCCUGGAGUACCACCACGUGAAGCUCUGCACGCGGGAUGCUUUCCUGGCCCGUGGACUUCCGUACACCGAGGCAGCCCUUGACGAGGUGGCCAGGAUGAUGGUGUUUGUCCCCAAAGAGGAGAAGCUCUUCUCUGCACAGGGCUGCAAAUCUGUAUCCCAGCGCAUCAAUUAUUUCCUUCCUUGAACAGCAUGUGGGACUACACCAGCGGUGAAGGUGGUUCUGUACACCAGGAGCUGCUCUCCUGCACAAGGUCAGGCAGGUUACCAAGCCCUGUGCUUGCCCAGAGACAGAGACUUGUUACUCCGAGGCAGUUUGCAGGGGAGGAGGCACAGCCUGCCCAACCUUAACUCCUGGGACACAGGGACAGCCUGUGCUUGGCUGCCUUUGAAGUCUGUCCAGUCUUUUUUAAGUCCCUUCUUUUAGCAGAUAGUAGCCUGAAGUAGUGAUUGGGUUGUGCUGGCAGGUGCUUUGUUUCAUGUCAGUGGGGACAUCCAAGCCCUUGGUUUGUUACCAUGUAAUGAAGGAAGGCCUGAGACAGGCUGCUCCUAUUGAGACAGUCCAGCAUAAGCUACAUCCUCAUCCCUGUCCCCAGUUUUCUCUGUCACGUCACAAGAUUGCACAGAACUGUUUUGCCAGAGCUUAGUUGUUUUUUUUUUUCUCUGUUGCUCUCCUGCAUUCACAAGGUGUCUGCUGCUCAGGGACACCUGUGCCAGGAUCAUGGUUUGUGCAGGGCAGCCCCUGUAUAGAGAAAAUGACUGAAUAAUCUCCUCUGGAGAUGUCAAAUCCAUAGCCUCUUGUUUUGGAGUGUCCCUCUCAUUGGAGUCUUUCGUUGUUUGGAAGCAGUUGUGGGGAUAAGAUGAACUUCUACUGAAUUUCUUUUUUUUUGAAGCAGUUGGGUGAAAAGCACAUUUGCUUCACUGCAGAACUGUUGUGGUUUAACCCCAGCUGGCAACUAAGCCCCAGGCAGCUGCUCACUCACCCCCUCCAGUGGGAUGGGGGAGAGAGAAUGAGAGGACUAAAAGUGA